UCGGCCGUCCACAUCGGACAAACGUUUCGAGACCCCGUCUUUUGGGCGUCGCUCGUGGCUUCCCAACUAUUGAGAUGCGAUUCGGGACAGAGUCAUAGCCAGUUCCAUCGACCAAACGCUCGUCGAGAUCACCAUUGGAGAUGAACCCGAUCAGAAAUCAUUCAUGGUCCACAAGGUCCUCUUGUGCUACCAUUCCGAGUACUUUCGCGGCGCCUUUGACGGCCGGUUUUGCGAGAGCGGUGAUAUGGCAAUCAAUCUUCCGAACGUGUCGGAGUAUACAAUGCGCCUGUUUCUAUUCUGGAUCUAUGCGCAAGCUUCAAGGACCGAGAGCGAGUGCGAGAGCGAUCUCAAGGAGUCUGAAGAGCGCCCGGCUAAGAGGCAUCAUGCCCUGCUGAAAUCGAAUGAUGAUGACAAUGGUUCUAUAGUCGUCAUCACCCAUGAUAGGAGCAGAACCCUCACGGAGUGGCGAGGAAAGAAGGAUCGCACGUUUCGCCAUUCGCCGCUUGCUGCCUGGUUGGAUUCCGAAGAAUUUGUCCUGCAGUCUACCGCUCCUCCUUAUUAUGCGAUUUUCCUCGAGCUGUUCGUCUUCGCCGAUGAGUACGACACGAGACAGCUCCGCAACGACGUCAUGACAUUACUUGUCGAGCUAGAUAAGGCCCAAGCGAUAAAAGGCGGGAAGUCGGGCCAGGGUUUGCUCCUCACAGCAAUAUACGCGAAGCUUCCAUCGAGCGCCUAUUUGGUCAAAUACAUAACAAAGUCCGUGGCGUAUAGCUGGGACCUUAAUAGGAUGGACAAGACUGCCCUCAUGAGAAUGCCAAAGGAAUUCUUUGUGGACGUUCUGUUGGCGCUUUCGCCGGGCAAGCAUUCGACUGUUUCUUACGACUUGGCUGCGGCACUGGAUAAAAGCUGCAACUUCCACGAACACGAAGGAUCCCGGGAGAAACGAGCAUGCUAUGAAAGUUGGCAAAGAGAUGGCGCUUUCUUCACCAGUUUUGUGCGCGCAUGUCUCAAAGAGGCUGAGGAGAUAGGGAAACUCCGGAAAAGUAGGGAAUAGAGAUUUUACUUCCCAUUGCGGAUACACUCAAGCGAUUGUAGGAUAAUUCGGUACGGGUCAAUCUUGUUCUAGCAGUUUUUGGGAAAAGGUGUUCCGGGGUCGGCGAGUCCAGCAAUCCUUCCAGUUACACACGGGGGCCUCAUACGAGUCCCGCCCUCAGAGAGUGCACCAUCGGACAGAGCGUCCUUUCGCGAUACUCAGCACCCAGUCCCAGCCCUAAUUAGUGGACGGCCCCUCCGGGCUUGUUUUCGCAGUUCACCUUUCUUUCUCCUUCGCUUCGGAUCUCGUUGUAGCAUUCGGCCCGGCAGGAACCAGCCAACACAGCGGAGGAGCAAACGGAUAUCACAAACACGCCAGCAGAG